GUAGUUAUACUUGCGACAAACUUUUCCCUCAAACACAGAGCUGGUCUGAGCUGGUCUCUUGGCCUUUUUCAUCCGAUAGCCCACCGCUGGUCGCCUUCCCUUGAUCGACUGAAUGGUUUACUAUUCUAUACUUGCAGCAGCCAUCACUGUCGAAGCUGCUUCAUCCGUCGUUCUUGCUCUUCCGGUUCCAGGAUUUCCUUCCAACGAUCUUUGGAGUGCCGUAGUGCCUCCCAUCACAGACAUGCCAUGGACGACAGGGAUGCCAAUACCGCCUCCAGCACAAGGCCAAUCACUUUCUGUGGCUCAUGAAACGCAGAUCAGUGAGGAUUUCCUCCAAAAUCAGGAGCUUGAUGAUCUCUUCAGUGAGGUGCACCAUGCUCAUGACAACGCAAAGGUCGAGCUCGAGAUGGAUUCAGAGAAACUUCUCUAUGGUGGCGGAGAGCAGCUCCCUCAUCCACGCUAUGGUUCCUAUAUCGUUCAUUCCGAGCAUGACAUGAAAAUGGUCCCAGAAGACGUCUUUUUCGACAUUCAUGGAUACCAUACUUCUGAGAUUCUGGAAGGGAUGACAGUCGAGGCUAAGGACCAGAUCACCUCGAUAUUUGAUGAUGCGGAAAGACGGGAAGGUCUUCCACUCGUUCAUACGAAGCGUGGUCGGGAAGACACUAUGUCAUGCUCGUCCGCCAAAACAUACUUGGACAGUCUUGACCCUGACAUAAAAAACAUCAUGGCUAUCCUAUUCAAAGAUUGGAGUUUGGAGGCAAGAGGCGCUUGGAUAAAGUGCGAUAGGCAAUGGGACGAAAACGAAUAUUGGUAGAAAAAUGAAGAAAAUGGGUCGCGAAUACCCUAAAUUUGAAUUCGAAAAAUUUGUACACGCUUUCCUCGUAGUUAAAGCUGCUUCUUAAUUCAUAGGCGCGUAGAGAACCUUGUGUCCUUGUAUUUGUGUUCCAUUCUAGAGGUCAUUUUUAUUGCUAGGAGGUACAUAAUUGAUAAGAUGCUUUGCAAAGA